GAGGGGGCAGAGGAGCAGCACUGUAGGAAAGAGGAGGAAACACUGAGGAUGGCGGAGUCACACCUCUGAAGCUAACCUACCAGGGUUUAAAUAAACCUGAUGACUUAUGCACCCUGAACACACGUACACCUGGUUAUCCUGGGAUUGUAUGCAGUUCAUCCAUUUAAACAUGUGGCUCAGGGAUGCUGCAAUCUAUCCCCUUCAAUGGCUUUUUAUUACAGUAUUCUAAUAAAGGAACAACAUAUCAGAAGGAUCCACAAAGCUUUGGAUUAGGAGGUCAUCGUAAAUGUGUGGAUAAUCAUAAAUGUGUGGACCAAUAGAGGGAUGUUUUUAUUAAAUGCCUCCUUGCUGAUGUGUGUCUCUUUUUUUUCCUGAAAGUCACCUGACUCUCAUGAGAAACUCAGCAGGAGACCCGAUAACGUCGACAUGAGUAGUACUUUAGGUAAAGAAAAAGAUUCAAAAGAAAAGGACCAAAAAGGGGGUCCACUAAAAGAAAGGGAAAAGGAGGCCAAGGCUCUGGCUGGCUUAGUCAAAGAUGUUGGCAAAGAAAUGAAGACCAAAGGGAAAGAUGCCAAAGAAGGAAAGAAGGACACCAGCAGUGCACCACCAGCUGUUGCCUUCUCUGUUGACAAUACAAUUAAAAGACCAAACCCAGCACCAGGCACACGCAAGAAGUCCAGCAAUGCCGAGGUCAUCAAAGAGCUCAACAAGUGCAGAGAGGAGAAUUCAAUGAGGCUGGACUUAUCCAAACGGUCCAUUCACCUGUUGCCCACCUCCAUUAAGGAACUCGCUCAGUUGGCUGAACUGUACUUGUACAGCAAUAAGCUGCAGAGUUUGCCAGCCGAGGUGGGCUGCCUAUCAGGUUUGGUCACUUUGGCCCUGAGUGAGAACUCUCUGACCAGCUUGCCUGACUCACUGGACUCCCUUAAGAAGCUUAAGAUGCUUGACCUCCGGCAUAACAAACUGAGAGAGAUACCAGCUGUUGUUUACCGGCUAACAUCAUUAACCACGCUAUACCUGCGCUUCAAUCGCAUCACAACAGUGGAGAAAGAGAUCAGAAACUUAUCUAAGCUCUCUAUGCUCAGCAUUCGUGAAAACAAGAUUAAACAGCUGCCUGCAGAAAUAGGGGAGCUUUGUAGCCUCACUACUCUGGAUGUUGCCCAUAAUCAGUUGGAACACCUGCCGAAGGAAAUCGGGAAUUGCACACAGAUAACUAAUCUAGAUUUGCAGCACAAUGAGCUCUUGGAUCUCCCAGAGGCUAUAGGCAAUCUAGUGAGCAUAAAUCGUCUUGGUUUGAGGUACAAUAGAUUGUCAGCCAUUCCUAGAUCAUUAGCCAAAUGUCGAGAACUUGAAGAGCUAAACCUUGAAAAUAACAACAUUUCAGUGUUGCCGGAGGGCUUGCUGUCAAGUUUGGGGAAACUGACAAGUUUGACACUUGCGAGGAAUUGCUUUCAGUCAUAUCCGGUUGGUGGACCCUCCCAGUUUUCUACCAUCUACUCUCUCAACAUGGAGCACAACCGUAUCAACAAAAUCCCAUUUGGAAUCUUCUCCAGGGCCAAAGUGCUAAGCAAGCUAAACAUGAAGGACAACCAGUUAACAUCUCUACCACUGGACUUUGGUACGUGGACAAGUAUGGUCGAACUUAACCUGGCCACCAAUCAGCUGACUAAAAUCCCAGAGGAUGUCUGUGGUCUUGUUUCUCUUGAGGUGUUAAUCUUGUCCAAUAAUCUUCUCAAAAAGUUACCACAUGGGAUUGGGAAUUUGAGAAAACUACGGGAGCUUGACUUGGAGGAAAACAAGUUGGAAUCUUUACCUAAUGAAAUUGCUUACCUUAAAGAUUUACAGAAACUGGUGUUGACAAAUAAUCAGUUGACGACGUUGCCCAGAGGCAUCGGCCACCUCACCAACCUGACUCAUUUGGGUUUAGGGGAGAACCUUUUGCAGCAUCUUCCUGAGGAGAUUGGUACACUGGAGAAUCUGGAGGAACUGUACCUCAACGACAACCCCAAUCUACACAGCCUCCCGUUUGAGCUGGCCCUUUGCAGCAAACUGUCCAUCAUGAGCAUCGAGAACUGUCCACUCAGCCAUCUGCCGCCCCAGAUCGUUGCAGGAGGCCCCUCCUUCAUCAUCCAGUUCCUAAAGAUGCAGGGACCGUACCGUGCCAUGGUUUGAGCCCGCCAGCUCAGUCCCAGUCCUGCUUAAUCUAAAACCCCCAGAUGCUCUUCAUGGCCUCACCUGCCUCGUUACAUGUAUCAUACACUGUAAAGAAAAAAAAAAAGACUUGCCACAGUCAGUGUGGGGGCAAAAGAAACAAAUGAAACCGAGGAGGUGGAAGAUGAGGAGAAUGUUUGCUUUUUCCAUCAUUCUUGGGCAUGGGGAAUCUUUGGAGACUUCUAUGUUAAGAGCUUAUCGUGGUCAUUUUGGGACCUCGGCCAACCUGCUCAUCUUUCAUUCCAUAUCUUAUCAGAGGAAAAUAUUUCUAUCUCUUUGCCAAAACUGAAGAUAUAUAAUUCUAUAUAUACAGAAUAACUGUGAGCUAAGUGGAAAAUCUUUUAACCAUAUAAAUCACGCUCCCAUUUGCCAAUGUAUUUACAGUAAUUACACACGUCUAUUAUGUGAGCAAGGAUACAAUUGUAUGCAAAAAAUACAAAGAAAUCUUUGGAACAUCAUUUAAUGCUGCUGCCAUAAAUAAUUUUAACUUAAUGUUGCUUUUUUGUUUUUUUGAAUACCCCCUCACAGUUUCAGAAUAGCUUAUGUUAAUAGCAGUUGACAUCAGAGAACAAAGGUCUAAUGGUGGCAUGUUUAUCAUUUUUAUGUUAACUUUUUUAACAACCUGUGCCUAUGUUUAGAGUGAUCCAGUGGGUUCAUGUCUAAACACGUCCAUGAUAAUAGAUUUAAAUUAUUCAGUAAGGUUUUUAUUGUCAUCACUGCUGUUACUUUUACCUUUUUAGUGUUUUUGUGUGUGUGUGUGUGUGUGUGUGUGUGUGUGUGUGUGUGUGUGUGUGUGUGUGUGUGUGUGUGUGUGUGUGUGUGUGUGUGUGUGUGUGUGUGUGUGUGUGUGUGUGUGUGUGUGUGUGUAUUCUCUUAAAGCAAGCUAUGUAAAAUAGGGUGAUUGGACAUCUUUUUUUUUUCUUCACAAAAAGCAGCAGUUGUUAGCUUGUAAUGUAUACAUAUGAGACACGCCAAUCUAAAAAAGCCAAGUUAGACUUUUUCCUAAAAUGGGUGGUGCUGUGACCCCCGUUACUGCUUUUUUUGUGUGUGUGUGUGACUAAAAGCUGUUGAAGGGGAAAGUAAAACAUGCAGAUGUAGGUGAUGGGAUAAAUAACAGAGGAUAUAUAUUCACAAAAAAAUCCUGGUUCUUGCCUUUAGUGCAAUUUUUUUUCUUUAAAAGUUAUGUUUACUUAGUUGACAUUAUUCUCAGUGUUGGGCUAUCAGGCAUUUUUUAAAACAGCCUCUGUCGGUUUCGAGAGCAAGUGUAUCAGAUUCAAAAACGGUUUGGUAAUAAAGCAUUGACAGGUAACUGCUUGAAAUCAAUUUUUUUUCUUUAUUUAGUUUUUUUUACAAAAUUUAAGAGCUCAUAAUACAAUGGAUUUUUUAAAUUUAUUUAUUUUGAACACUUUAUAUCGCUUGUCCCACACUGUCCCAGCAAUGCUGCUGCUCUUACGCACUUUUGAAGACAUUGGCACCCUCAAUAUAUAUUUAAAAAACAAAACAAUAACACAAACGUCUCUGGGUAUUUUGGAUGGGGGCAUUUUUUUUUUUUCAUUAAAAAGUAUUUUCCUUGUUAAAUGAACCAUUUACCGUGUAAAUUUGUAUCAAAUAUAAAUGUUGAGUUUCACGGGCACAAAAUGUACUUGUAAUUUUUGGAGGGAGGUUUUAUCUUGUCAAUCUUAAUACUCUCUUGAAAUGUUAAAGGGGUUUAUGUGGCUGUGAGAUGUUAAAGAUUCACAUAUCCUGCAUUCUCUGUUGCAAGUGAAAUGGCUUGAUUGCAUAAUCGCAGUUCAGAUCAGCUUUUUAAAAUUUUUUUAAAUGUGUGUUAAUAUUUUUUUAAGUGACUGUAUAUUAAAUCCCAACAAAGGAAAUCAAACCAAACUUUUUUUUAAAGACGUGUGGCAUCCCAGCUCUAUAUCCAAUCAUUUUGAUUUUGUGUUUAAAUGUGCAGGUCUGUGUGUUUUUGCAGCAGCUUGGCAUGUUUGUUUGGUUUUUUUUUUGUUUUGUUUUUUGUUUUUUUGUUUUUUUGUGCAAGCUGUGGAGGCCUGAGUGGGUGUGACCACAACUCACCGUGGGGUCAGGGAACAAUGUACUGCUGCUUCUGAUUUACCAGCACAACCUGUUGCUGCUUUUGUGGACUGUGCUGUAUCGGACGGGGAGGACGGGUGGGGAUUGAUCCACUCUCUAUGUUGAUGCAGACUUCACUUGAUAAACCAACGAGUUGGUUUUGUCAGAUCAAAUUGUUUGGACACAACGGUAAGACGACAAGGUGCAUAUUUCAGUUUAAAGGUUAUCGUAAAAGACAGUUGGGGGGGGAGGGGAGGGGGCAAAAAAAUGUAAAAAGGGCUUUCUGUGUUCAUGCUGAGCAACACACCGGAGGCAUUGCAUUCCUGGGUUUUAUAUAAAAGCUUUGGAAACUUG